AUGGCGGCUUUUCGUGGGAAUACAUAUCACUCCAAUGAUGGCAGUGAUAAUGAAGAUCUUGUUGCAAAUCUGCUAGCGAAGUUCAAUAGUUCAACAACAACACAUGCCCAAGAAUCAAGAGUACCGUCUACACCCCAGCGCGCGCUGAUGCCGACCUCAACUACACCUCAACCUCAAACCCCUCCAGCCAUGCAACGCCUUUCUCCUCCAGUUGAAAAGCUCCGUGAGAUGCGGCUCACAGCGGUGGAAGUCCCCCAGAUUGAUAAUAUGGAGGAUUAUAGUUAUCUUCCUGGCCAUUUUGCAGUCCGCUACAUCAUUGGCGAAAUCCCACACCCGGAAAAAGAGCCCUCGUACCGGGUGCGACUGCGAAGCGGCGAAUUGGAGACAAUUACUUUCUCGCGUCUUCAAGAGCUCAAAAACGGCCCAGCAGCCUUACUUCAUUUCCAAACUGCCGACGAUCGUAGUUCAAACAUAGAUGAGGUUUCCUCACGGUCUCACAGGAAUCGUAAUUACCGUGACUUAUCUCGAUCAGCAUCUCAUAUAUCGCUUCAGUCGUCAGAAGAUAGCAGUGGCGGAUCCGGAACCAUUGGUCGACGGUCUCGACGCGUGAAGAAUACCAAAUUCACAGAAUUCUUCGGCCCCCUUAGUAGCGACGACGAGAUAGCGAAAGAGGACACAGCGUCAAGUGAGGAUAUCAUCAUGUCUUCACUGGCCACUUCAAAGAACCGCCGUCUUCGGAGGCGAGCUAGGGACAGCACGUCUCAUCAAGUAAGCACCUCAAGUUCAGAAAGUGAUUAUACUGAGCAUCAGGGCACACGCUUCUCAACUCGAAAGCGGAAUGUUAUGCACCGGAAUUUGCGUGAAAGACUGGAAGAUGACAUCUCUGAAAAUGAAGCUAGUUCUAAAGAGAAGUUCUAUGGAGCCAAGGAGGUCUUCCAUGAGGUUCCUUUAGAUGAUGCGUUUCGACUCCGCCAUCAUCAAACCUGCGAGGCCUGUCAAGGUGAAGGCGACGAUUUUUCUAGAGGUCCACUGGUUUUCUGUCAAGGAUGUACCAGCGCUUAUCACCAUGACUGCCUGGGAUCACGGUCAACUCGAGACCAUCUUGUCACAAAAAUUGCUGAUGAUCAAUUCGUUCUUCAAUGUCGUCGUUGUGUAGGCCUCGCUCAUGCCAAGGAUCUUGUCUCGCCGCAUCAAGGCUGUUGCACUGAAUGCAACGAGCAAGGCAAAAUGUGCAAACCUCUUCGGCAGCGUUUGACACCCAAGCAGGAACAGCUAAUCCGCCAGGAGAAUGCGGGCAAGGACCCACUCACUCCUGUGGAUAUGGUGCUUGUGAAUAAUGUUAACAAUGUGCUUUUCCGAUGUACAACAUGCCACAGGGCCUUCCACUUUGAACACCUCCCUCCUAUCUCUGAUACAGCCGAUGACCCUGCAACUGCACGUUUCGAAGAAUACUCCCUCUACUGGAAAUGUCAUGACUGCUCGUCAGUACCAGGUGAGAUUGGCGCAUUGGUUGCCUGGCGGCCGGUUGAUCCUAAGGACCCGCAUAUGACGAAGGAAGCGGACAAGGAAUACUUGAUCAAAUGGAAGGGCUACUCUUACCAUCACACUUCGUGGAUGUCGGGUAGCUGGGUCUUCGGUGUUGCAAAUCCCCAUAUGCGGAGGGCAUUUCUGAGAUCUGAAAAGAACACAAAACCCCAUAUGACGACAGAAGAAGCCAUCCCCGAAGACUUUCUGAAGGUUGACAUCGUCUUCGACGUUUACUACUCCGAUGAUGUUGAGGAUCGGAGCCUGGAAUCAGACCUCGAGAGAAUAAAUAAAGUGUCCAGGGCCUAUGUCAAAUAUAAAGGCUUGCCCUACGAAGAUGCGGAAUGGGACUCGCCACCUGAUACUAGUCAGACGGAGCGAUGGGACGAUUUCAAAGCUGCCUAUGAGGACUGGGUAAAGCGUGACUACAUACACACACCGGACGCGAAUUCACUUCGAAAAUAUCUUGCUCACGUUCGAACGCAAAAUUUCAAGACCAAAAUCGUUAGGGACACUCAGCCUACAACAAUGACCGGCGGGCAGAUGAUGGACUAUCAGAAAGAUGGUGUCAAUUGGCUCUACUACAUGUGGUUCAAAAAUCAAAAUGCUAUCCUUGCCGAUGAGAUGGGGCUGGGAAAGACCAUCCAGGUCAUUGGCUUUCUCGCAACUCUGGUCGAAUACCAUAAGUGCUGGCCCUUCCUUGUCGUGGUGCCGAACUCAACUUGUCCCAACUGGCGAAAGGAGAUCAAGACAUGGGUUCCCUCAAUCCGUGUCGUCACAUACUACGGAUCAGCUCUCGCUCGUAAGCUGGCCCAAGAACAUGAAAUGUUCUCGCAAGGUGAGCCAGAUCUUCGAUGCCAUGUUGUAGUCACCUCUUACGAGACCAUGGUCGAUGAUGCAUCUCGUCGGGUGCUACAAAAGAUCCCAUGGGCAGGUCUGAUCGUCGAUGAAGGGCAGCGUUUAAAGAAUGACAAAAGCCAGUUGUACGAGUCGCUGUCACGCUUCAAAAUUCCCUUUAAAGUGCUCCUCACCGGUACACCUCUGCAGAACAAUAUCCGCGAACUCUUCAACCUUCUGCAAUUCUGCGAUCCAAGCAAGGUCGCUGGGCAGUUGGAGGAGAAGUAUGGCACACUUUCGAAGGAGAAUAUCCCUGAACUCCACAACAUGAUACGCCCAUUUUUCCUCCGCCGAACUAAAGCACAAGUUCUCAAUUUUCUCCCUCCAAUGGUCCAGAUCAUUGUGCCAGUGUCCAUGUCCAUCCUUCAGAAGAAACUCUACAAAUCCAUCUUGGCGAAGAACCCGCAGUUGAUCAAGGCUAUCUUCCAAAGGAAUGAUGGUCCCCAAGGUAUCAAACAGGCUGAACGCCACAAUCUGAACAAUAUUCUGAUGCAGCUUCGGAAAUGCCUGUGCCAUCCUUUUGUGUACAGCGAAGCGAUUGAGGAACGCACCUCUAACGCUACUGUGUCUCAGAGGCAUCUAACUGAAGCCUCAGGGAAGCUCCAGCUCCUCCAAAUCAUGCUUCCGAAGCUCAAAGAGCGAGGCCAUAGGGUUCUCAUUUUCAGUCAGUUCCUCGAUAACUUAGACAUUGUCGAGGAUUUUCUGGAUGGCCUUGGGCUUCUGCAUCGCCGUCUUGAUGGGCGGAUGAAUUCCUUGGAAAAGCAAAAGCGGAUUGACGAGUACAACGCUGAAAAUUCGCCAUAUUUUGCGUUCCUUCUAUCUACAAGAUCAGGGGGUGUCGGAAUCAACCUCGCCACCGCAGACACAGUCAUCAUCAUGGAUCCGGAUUUCAAUCCUCACCAAGACAUGCAGGCGCUGUCCCGCGCCCACCGUAUCGGUCAGAAGAACAAAGUUCUUGUCUUCCAGCUCAUGACUCGUGGUAGUGUUGAAGAGAAAAUCAUGCAGAUUGGCAAGAAGAAGAUGGUCUUGGAUCAUGUUUUGAUUGACCGAAUGAUCUCAGAGGAGGACGAUGGACGCGAUCUGGAAUCCAUCCUUCGCCAUGGGGCUCAAGCACUGUUUGAUGACGACAAUUCGGGAGAUGUCCAUUACGACUCUGAGUCUGUUGAUAAACUUCUCGAUCGGAGUCAAGCAGAGCAGGCGAAAACGUCAGAUGAAACUGCUCCGGAGUCUCAAUUCAGUUUUGCGCACAUCUGGGCAAAUGACAAUCAGAAUCUGGAUGGUCAGCUCCAAGAAACAGAAGGUGAGGAUCCCGUCAUCAACAAUACUGUGUGGGAGAAGAUUCUGCAAGAACGUGAGCAAGCUGCGGCAGAAGAGGCUCGCAAAAAGGCAGAGACCCUGGGUCGUGGAAAACGAAAGCGUGCGGCGGUGGACUACGGAAACGAGGCGCCAGAGGCGUCGCCUGUGAAGGUACGUCAAGAAGCCGACGGUGAAUACAAGGCGGACGAUGCCGUAGCAUCAGAAUCCGACCACGACUCCGCAAUGGAUACUGGUGGAAUGGAACGGCCCGCCAAGAAACCCAAAGGUAUUAUAGCUUCCCACUCCUUUUUCGUCUCAUUGGGUACUAGCCAGGUCACAGUGCGUUCAUUCAAGCGGGUUGUUGCCGAAGACGUGGACAGCCUUGCAAAUGGCGCUGGGACCAUGGACGGCAAUGUGGAAGCACGUCAUCCAACAUGCUUUAUCUGCAAUAUGCCUCAUCCACGCGGUUCCUGCCGCCUGAGGAUGGCAGGCGUCGAACAUUGCGGUCUUUGUGGGCUCGCGCAUUUCGGAGUCGGCCGUACCUGCCCCCAUCUUCACUCCGAGCUGCAAGUGGCAAGGAUGCUCGACGCCCUGAAGCAAAGCACGGAGGCCCCUGAGCUCGUCGAGAAAGCCAAGAAAUACGUGCAAGGGAUCCGCGGUAGCCUCGCACAGCGCAGGAGGCAGUUAGCCAGUAGGGCUGCAGCGACGGGUCACCCCAGUGAUCAGGUUCCUGGUGCAGCUGCCAUUGGCACAGUCCCUGCUCGAUCUCCCAUGGUCGAUCUGACUGCGAGCCGCGCCCCAACACUCGGACUGAGUCAGAAUGGCCCGAGAUACUCGAUGUCGGGACGAUGA